AUGAAAAAGAGACUGGUAAAGGCCACAUCGUCUAAUUCGGGCACGAAGAGUGAAGCCCAGCUGGAAUAUCCGGAGCUUGAAGUUUUGCCCACCAAGGACGGCUACAAGGAUCUUGAGGCAAUCCAGAAGAGCGUUGCGACGUUGAAGGCCAGCGAACGCGCGAAGAUGGCAACCAACCCGGCCCUUGCCAUAGCCGAGUUCGAGAAUCAUUCCCAACAAUCGUUGACCGAGACGCUGCCUGCGCAGUUACAAGAGGCUAAGCACGCCAGACACGAAUUUGCCGGCAAAACAGCCGUCAAUUCCACAGACGGUGUCGUUGAGGGCGAGUUGACCCAUGUACAUGGUAUCGAAAAACCCUCAACUCGUCCCGUCACGCCGGCUAAUAUAAUCGCUCUUCCUGCCGGAGAUUCGACUGCUGCCACAGCAACGGAGAACUGGGUAACCCCAGUUAGUCGUUUGACUCGCAGCCCCGGAGGUGAUGAUAACAGCACCGCUUCUGUGGAGGAUGCUCAGCUUAUAGGGAUAACCAGCAACAAUGGCGUUACUCACGAGAGCAACACCGAAAGAUUUCACCGACGUCCAGAAGUCAGCAGCGAUGCAAAUUAG